AAAAAUUCUGAGUUUUUGAGUCUUCUAACCUUUUUUUCCCUUCGGCUCCAUCCAGGCUAACUUAUCUCUAACUGAAAUCAAGAUUCUAGAUUUAGGAUUUCUCAUCAAUCAGCUAUUGUGAAACUUGGGAAAAUUUCACUUGCCUACACUCUUUCAAGAAUUGAACUCUCCUUGGAUGCAUUUGCAAUGAACGGAUCUUGUUUGGAAUUCAAGAAUCCGAUCCAAGACGCGAUUUCCAGGGUCCGAUUCGCGCCGCAGUCCAACAAUCUCCUCAUUUCUUCUUGGGACCCCUGUCUUCGACUGUAUGAUGUGGAUUGUUCUCAACUUAGAUUAGAAGCUCCGUCCGAGGCUGCGCUUCUCGACUGUUGUUUCCAUGAGGAAUAUGUCGCAUUCAGCGCUGCCUCUGAUGGUUCUAUUACAAGGUAUGAUUUGCAUUCUGGAAUCAGCAACAAAAUAGGAAAUCAUGAUGAUAUAGCAACAUGCGUGGAAUAUUCUACUGAAACACGUCAAGUGAUUACUGCAGGUUUUGAUAAGAGGAUCAUAGCCUGGGACAUUUUUGGAGCAAAACCACUUGUGUACCUGAGAAAUCUAGAUGCAGAAGUGGAGUCAAUGUCACUCUCUGGAUAUGAAUUAAUAAUGGCUGUCGGAUCAUCAGUAGAUAUUUAUGACUUGCGUAACUCAGACAAAUGUGUUCAAUCAAAUAAAUUUUGUAUGGAUGUUCCAAUACGAUGUGUCUCCUCAAUUCCUUAUUUGAAAGGAUAUGCUGUUGGAUCGGUAGAUGGACGAGUAAAAUUAGAGAUUUCAUAUCCGUCCAGUUCAAACAAUAUGGGGUAUAUGUUCCGAUGUCAUCCAAGAUCAAGAGAUGGAAGAAACCAUCUAGUACCAGUAAAUGCCGUUGCAUUCAACCCAUUCAUCUCAGGUGCUUUUGUCACCGGUGAUAAUGUGGGUUAUGUUACAGCAUGGGAUGCUAAAAGUAGAAGAAGACUCUUUGAGUUGCCUGGUUGCGCAAACAGUAUUGCAUCCUUGACAUACAACAAUGAAGGACAAAUUUUGGCUGUUGCAUCAAGCCAUACUUACCAAGAGGCCACUGAAAUAGAAAACCCCCCACAAAUUAUUGUGCAUAAACUGGAUGAAAGCCAUCUCGGAUCAGUUCCUGAUGGAAUGAUACUGGGGCCCAAAGAAGCCCACGUGGAAACAUCUCAAGCCGAGUAUCAGUUACACGCACUAUCUAACUCGUUCACUCUCCUUACUCUCCCUCGAUUUCCCACUUCGAAGCUUUGCUUUGAUCCGUAUCUCUCGCUUUCUCCAAAAACCCGCGAAUUGUUUAGCUUCAUCGCCAUGUCUGAUGAAGAUCAUCAUUUUGAAUCUAAAGCUGACGCCGGAGCUUCUAAGACAUUUCCACAGCAGGCCGGCACCAUUAGAAAGAAUGGUCAUAUCGUCAUCAAAAGUCGGCCUUGCAAGGUUGUGGAAGUUUCAACUUCCAAGACUGGGAAGCACGGACACGCAAAAUGUCACUUUGUUGGAAUUGAUAUCUUCACUGGGAAAAAGGUGGAAGAUAUAGUUCCUUCGUCUCACAACUGUGAUGUUCCUCAUGUCAAUCGCACUGAUUAUCAGCUGAUUGAUAUCUCCGAGGAUGGAUUUGUGAGCUUGCUGACUGAAAGUGGGAACACCAAGGACGAUCUUCGGCUUCCAACUGAUGAAUUUCUGCUUACACAGAUAAAGACUGGAUUUGCAGAGGGGAAGGAUCUGAUUGUGACAGUGAUGUCAGCAAUGGGUGAAGAGCAGAUCUGUGCUUUGAAAGACAUUGGCCCCAAGUAAAUUCCUGGGGGGCGUCCUUCACAUUUCACAUUUAGUGCAUGGAAUGGGUUUUGCUAAUUUAGUGCAUUCUUUAAGACCAUUUAAAUUUAUUUUAUUUUAAAUAAUUGACAAUUUUAUUUGUCAUUUUUUAAAGAUACUUCUCUUAGAUAAUAAUUUAAGGUCGUUAAUAAUAAUUUUUGACAUGUUUUUCUGUAUCAAAA